CGCAUAAAGACAUGGCGCCAGCACAAGUUGCGACACAAUAGCGUGACAAGUCAUGUCAUUUUCUUUCAGGAUAUAUGAAAAAUUCCAAUGGCAGAUUCUUUUUUCGGGUUCGAUACUUCGCUAUCGAACUUAAAUGACGAUGAAGGUGGUGGAGAGCCAUCAGAGGAUGAGUAUGAUGCUCUCAAUGAUGAAACCUUUGGAGAAGACUCGGAGGAGUUUGACUGGGAAGUGGAGCAUGAACAGCUGGCGGGGCAGCUUGAGAGUAACCGCCGAUAUGCGGCGCUCGAGGAGGCUGACUCGCGACUUGAGGCCUCACUAUCCCAGCUAGUCCUCGACGAAACAGACGCGCCACUGUCACGGAGUCUCGGCUCGAGUGUGUGGCGACAUGAUGUACCUUUAUCCACUCCAACUAGACCAACUCCAGGGCCGGCGCUCAAGAAUGUCUGUACGGUGGAAGAGCUAGAAAGACAGCUGCGCCAGAACCAGGCCCCAGCAAACUUCACACAGAACUAUUUCCAACCUAGAUUUCCAGUCAUUCUUCAAAGGCCGCCUGGACUCCAAGCACCGGUGCCUCCGCCGUUUGCGCCGGCGCCUUUACAACAGCCGACAAACAUGGCGGCCAUGAACCAAUCGCUCAACAAGAUCAUCGGCCAAAACAACCAGAUGGGACAAACAAACCCCAUGAUGAACCACAUGACGCAAAACAUUAACCAGAUGGGACCCAAUAUGAGCCAAAUGAAUCAAAUGGGACAAAGUAUGAACCAGAUGGGACAAACGAUAAACCAAAUGAGUCAGAACAUGAGCCAAAUGGGCCAAGGUGUCAAUCAAAUGGGCCAAAAUAUGGGACAAAAUGUUAGCCAGAUGGGACAAAACAUGAACCAAAUGAACCACAAUCAAUUCAUGCAAAACUCAAAUCAAAUGACAUUUCAGAACAGCAUGGGACAGGGAAUGAUGAAUCAAAUGCAGAACAUGCAUCAGAUCGGUCAAAACAACGUGAUGCAAAACCAAAUGGGUCAAAGUAUGAACCAAAUGGGCCAAAAUAUGAACCAAAUGGGGCAAAGUUUGAAUCAAAUGGGCCAUAACAUGAACCAGAUGAUCCCAAAUGUAAAUCAAAUGCCAAAUACGAACCAGAUGGGACAAAACGUGAACCAAAUCAGGCCAAAUAUGAAUAAAAAGAUGAACCAAAUGGGUCAGAACCAGAUGAUCCCAAAUGGUAAUCAGUUUGGCAUGAACCAGUUUUCGCAUAACAUGAUGAGUCAACCAAGGAUGAUUCCACCUCCUGGUAUGGGCAUGCCAAGGCAGAAUUUUAGUCCUAACAUGAAUCAGUUCAACCAGAAUUUUCGUGGACCAUCAAUACCACCAAAAAACGAGCAACCAAUAUCACAACCCAACAUGAUCAUGAACCAACCAAUGAAACAAAUCAAUCAGAUGAACCAAAACAUGAACCAACAGAUCAAACCGAUGAUGAACCAAUCGCCACCAAAUAACCAGAAGCAGGCUCAGAAUUUGAACCAAUCAGUUCAGAAUAUGAACCAGUCUGGACAACAGAAUUUGAACCAUAAUGUUCAGAAUUUGAAUCAAUCUGGACAGAAUUUGAACCAACCUGGUCAAAACGUGAACCAACCGAAAAUUAAGAGCCGGGUUUAUAACAACAAGAAUUUAACAUCACAGAAUUUAGUUCAGUUAAUUCAGAAUACACAUCCUAUGUUGCAAUUUAAUAACAGUUUUCAUAAUGCGAGCCAUCAUCCAAUGUUGAAUAAUAGGUUAUUCAAUAACCAAAAUAAUAUGAUGAAUAACCAUCCAAUGUUCAAUAGACAAAAUGGCUCCUUUGGGAAUUCUAAUAGACAUUCCAACAGUGACGACAGUGCGAGUGAGUCCGAUGACCCCUAUAUGGGUUUGAUGACCCAGCGCGAAAAGCAGUGGCUUAUAAACAUACAGAUGCUACAGCUAAACACUGGAACACCCUAUAUACAUGACUUCUAUUAUACUGUAUUUUUGGAGCGGCAGGCGAAUAAAGAAAAAGAAGGAAUCAAGGAGGCUCAUAAAGCAAACCAGCAGAACCAUCCAUUCUAUAGUGGAGGGGUGAAGCAAGAAUCGGAGACGCUCAGACACAACCGCGAGAGACACAACUCUCACCGACACAACUCCACGAGCGAAGACGCGCCUAGGACCUAUGUCCCUACGCAGUUUGAGAAUUCCCUUGGGAAAUUACAGUGCGGCAGUGUAACCGCGCCGCGGAAGAUCAUCGACGUGGAAGUGGUGGCGGAGCCCGCGUCCGACCGCGCCUCGCGCGCGCCCAGUGUGUGCAGCACCACCACUCCCGCUGAGGUGCCACGAGAAAUGCGACGGACGAAGCAAAUGUUGCUGGACAUAGAGGCGUUAUAUCUCAUCCUGCUGAGGCUGGAGGAGCUCAACGACCCGCUGGCGAUAUCCAACGCGCUCAUAUUGAAGGAGAGAGAAGAGAAACAAAAGCUGCUAGAAGCGGCGCAGAAGGAGGCUGAAAACGAGCCUGAGGAGGAUUCAAACUCCUUCCUCAAGACCAUCGAGUCUGUUCAGCGGAGGCCCAAGCAGGACAGCCCCAAGAGUGACUGUAUAGACAAACGACAGGUAGUGAACUUGGCAGUGAACCAGAAGCCUGUACCAGUCAAGAACCUUCUGGACGAGGACAAGGACGAGAUUCUCAACAAAAUGUUCGCGGGGUUGCUGUUCGGCGACCGCGUACCGCAAAUGAUGACGGUUAGGAAAGGCAGGGUGCUUCUGUCUCGCUUCCUCUUGCGCGCGCCGGGAACGCACGCACGCCUGCGCGCGCUGUGGUCGCGCAUCCUGCGAGCCCUGCCCUCCGCCUCGCGAAGGGACGACGGUGGACUUGCGGCCUUAUCGCCACACUAUCGCAAAUACAUGCAGAACUCAACAGGCUGGGCGGCGGUGAUCGAAUCGUGCGGCCACCUGGCAGAAGCCUUAGACCCCGCGAGAACGCCGCACGCGCUUACGUCGGCGUUAACGCUAAGCUGCGUCUGCGCACUAAUGGAAAGAGCCAUCCUACUCGUAAACACGCCGGAAGCGACGUCCAACGAGCGACAAUGGUACAAAUUCCUCAAAACCCUCGCCCGCGCGCUCAAAAACACUACCCUCACCGUAGCCAGGCCGACCCAACCGCUGCCUGAGCCCAAAGUGAUGCAACACAUCAAACAACUGGAGUCCAGGUCCACCAUAGAGAUCCUACAGCGGGGUAAGGCGGCAGACUUUGAUUUGACAAAGAACGACGUAUCCGAACAGUUGGUCAAACAUUUGUGUUGAUGUUUGGACAAAUAUUUGUCAAAUGCGUUGGUCAAGUGGUAGUCGAUACGUGUGACUGACUAUGAUUUGAGAAAGAACGACGUAUCCGAGCAGUUAGUCAAGCAGUUGUGUUCAUGCUUGAACAAAUAUUUGUCAUAUCCAUUGACCAAAUGGUGUCAAAUGAGUUGGCCUAUUGGUAGGAAGUAGAAAUAGUACAAUACGUGUAACUGACAAUGAUUUGAGAAAGAACGACAUAUCCGAACAGUUGGUCAAACAUAUGUGUUGACGUUUGGACAAAUAUUUGUCAAAUGAGUUGGCCAAAUGGUAGUAAUGUACAUGUGACCGACUAUGAUUUUUAAGUAAGAACGUAUCCGAACUGUGGGUCAAACUUUUGUGUUGAUGAUUGGCAAAUACUUUUUAAAUGCGUUGGCCAAGUGGUAGCAAUUAUGAUACGUUGAUUUAAGUAGUCCAUUAUUGCACGUCCUAAGUUAGCGCCGGAACCUAGCAAUAAAUAGACUUGCUCAAGUCACGAGUCAACCUACUCGUCGAUUAUUGCACGCUAUAAAAAUGUGCAACUUAAGUCACGGAUAACCGGUGCUUUAGUACUGUAAGGGUUUAGUUUAGAUCACGCAACAUCACAAUACGUGUGACUUAAGUAGUUCAUUAUUUCACAGAGUGAGAUAACGCCCGAAAGUAACACAUAUAGGACUUGCUAAAGUCACGAGUAUAGUACAUUUUUAUAACUCAUAAUUCGUGACUUACAAGUAACACUUAUCCAUGACUUGAGUAAUAAUUUUUUGCACAGUGUAAAAUUGGACUACUUAAGUCACGGAGAGUGUUACUAAGUUACGGAUAAGUGUUACUUCAGUGUGGAUAGGUCACAGAGCUAUAAAUGUAAUUUGUCGUUCAUUGGCCAAAUCAACUUGAAUGACUGUAACAAAUAUUUGUUAUAUAGAGGCAAGUGUUUUGCAAAUAUUGUUAUACUUUAGUUUUCUUUAGUUUACUUAAAAGGUAAACAAGUAGGUAGUUAGGCCCAUACGAUCUUGUUACCGCAAACUGACAAUCAAAUCAGGAUAGAGUAAAAACCUAAAUACAAAAGGUCUUAAGUGCCGAGAUAAUCGCGUCGCUUACGUGUUUCUCCGAGGCUUCUACGAUCUGUUUAUCUUUUAAACAAACUGAGGAAAAAUGUACGACAGUUAAAUGUAUUUUGAUGUUGACCGAAUGUUCAAUGGGAUUGGGAGUGCUGAAAUAUUUUGGUUGAUUUAUGGGAUUUGGUGUCAGGCCGCGAUCUGUAAGUUUUACUCACGUAAGUAGCUUACGUCAUUACGUAAAAAAGCAUUGAACCCAGUUGGCAUACUUACAAGUUCGCCGAUUCGAAAAAAAAACUUGUUUCGACGGCCAAUGAUAAAUUAACAUUAUGUCAAUCAAUAGACUAAGUGAUUAUGAUCAAAAAGUUUAAAGUACAAAAAUGUUUCAAACCUUUUAUGAAUGUAAAUGUACUUAAAAGAGUGCUUACAUUAGUAAAGUCGUAAGUUAAUCAUGUAAGCUAUUGACGUGAACAAAACUUACAGGUGUAUCCGGCUUUAUUAUAAUUAUUUUGUCAAUAGAAGAAUAUGUGGUUAUUUAUUUUAAAUAUUAUUAGUAAAAAAACUUAUUUCAAAAAUUAAAUGUCUAAUGGAGGAUGUAUUAUAAUUAUUAUUUAGCUCAAGAUGUUUUGAUAAAAACGAUUGUCGAUCAAAAAAAAAAUAAUAAAUUUUGUUGAGAGAAAAAGUUGCAACAUUAAAAAUAAAUGAUUUCUUAGUGAUUAUAAAUAUUAUUAAUUAAAGAAUCUUACAAAAUACGUGAACCCACUAUGAGUUUCAAGUUUGAUAAUCAUUAUAAAUUAGCGAUUAUAACCGUAAAAUGUUUUGACGUUUGCUAAAGAGUUCAUUGAAUUAGUUUAUUUUGUAAAUGGCACUUUUUUCCAAAAACUAUGUCCCUCUUAAUGAUUUUAAAAGGCCUAUCCAAUGAGGUAUCUCGUAACGAGCUAUCAAGUACUUAAAUAUAUUUUUUUGUUUUGUUCUGAUUUUUUUUUCAAAUUCAAAUAUGCCUGUGUAGUAGUAACAGGAUUUAAUACCUUAAUUUCAACUUUUGUGGUUUGUUUAUAAAAUAGCUGUGACAGACAGACGGACAGAUGAGUUGCCCAGAAAAGACUUGAAUGUAAAUAAAAACUGUUCAACUCCUUUGUGUUUUCUCCAAACAACAUAAAUCCACUAAAACAAACAGCAACAACAGAUGAAACCAUAAGGGUUCCUUGUUUUACUACGGAAUCUUAAAACCAAAAUGGUUCGAAGCGGCCAAUUCCCAUAAUCGGAUAAUACGACCCAUCCACACCUGAGCACGCGCACGAACCGUGCACACAACGCGCACCAUAAGAACAUAAUGUGGACGAGGGGCUUGCGAGCGGUUCGCGUGCACCUUGUACAAGUCAUGGCGUGUACAUGUUCGUGAGUUUUGCGAGUACAACUUAGUACAAACAUAAAUAAAUAAAUAAUGGUUUAUUCGCUGGAAUGUGGGUACAAGUAGGUCUUACAUCAAUUGAGUUACCUUACACAUUCUACCAGGUCUUGGUGUGCCAAUAGAUUAGUGAAUCCUAUAUGUAAUAUUAAAAUAAUUCUGGUUCAUUACAAUAUGAUGAAAUAAAAAAUAAAAAAAUUAACAUAGUGCAUUCAUAGGCGAAGACCUUUGCUGGCGUAACUUCAAAGUCUCGAUCACUCGCGUAAGGUCGUCGGCUUAUCGGUGUUUUAUAGGAUAUAUUUCGGAGUGUGCACAGGAACUAUUCGAUCUUGUCCUCCCUUCACUAUUUUGCCAUCGAACCGCAGGACGUCGUCGGGCGAGUUUCCAUCCUUAUAUCGUCGACAUUCCAUCUGCACGCACGAAACGUUUUGCGUCUUCAUUCCUCAUACGCAUGGCUAAGGUUUGGAAUACUCUUACGCGAUCUGUGUUUCAUACCAAUCUCAAUCUUAAAAACAAGAAUGAAUAGGCAUCUUCUAGGUAAACGCGUCCCAUCUUAGGCCACAUCAUCACUUUCCAUCAGGUGUGAUUUUGUGGUCAAGCGCUUGCCUAUAAUGAAUUUUAAAAACAUGAUAUACGCAUUCGCGGCAUGUUGAUGCGCAUUGUGUGCACGGUUCGUGCGUAUGCGCAGGUGUGGAUUAACCUUUAGCGGAACUAGGAAUUUAAAAAAACGGUUGAAUACAGGCCGUAAGUUAAAAUUUCGCCAUGUUACGUUUGAUUAAAUAGGUAUUAUAAAUAUUUGUAUAAAUAAAUAAUUCAAGGCGAAAUUUUCAUCCUUACGACCGAUUUUGUAAAAAUGUAGAUAAUCUAAUCGACAGGGCCUAUAGGGUAUUUAUUUAAAACCUUAUUGACCAUUUUUUGAAAGUUCAAAAUUGAAUGGCGAGAAUAUUUCAUUUGAUCACGUCGAAUCACGGAAGCACUUUAAAAUUUUGAAACGUUAUUUGAAAUAUAAGGAUGCCCUAAUUUCAAUACUUUAUAUUUGAAGAGUGCUCAACAUUUAAGGUCACACUUCAUACAAACGUAUUACCCCGUUAAUUCUAUUAUUUGUUGUUCUAGAAAUCUAGACCUAUAGCAGGCCGAUUAUAGAUUGAUAUCUUUAUUAUUUAUGCCGGACAAAAAAUAAAUAUCUUAAAAUUAUUUCGAAAGUUGAAAUAUCUUGUUUUAGGCCAAAUAAGGCAACUUUGUACAUAACCACGUAAAAACAAAACAAAAUAUGGCUUUAAGACAAACUUUAUUAAUAAUUUCAAACGUGAUAAGUUUGUUUAAAAUAUGGAUUAGUUUUCAAAAUACAAACGCAGUAACAAACGUUGGUUUGCGUUAUUAAAAUAUCGUCCAUCUCACUCUUGAGCAUGCCUGCCCGUAAAUGUUGACUGAAACAACAUGCGCCUACGCUCGACUUGGAGCAACCGUGGAGAGCACUCUUAAGUAACUUUUCGGUAUUCGGACGAAAGAAAGUGUUUAUUAUUAACUAUUACUUAAUUACUAAGUAGCCUAAAAUUAUUCUUUUUUUUUACUAUGCCUCUAUUUUUUUACUUUGUUAAUACUAAAACGAAUUAAAUCAUUUAACUAAAGAAAAGACAGCAAUUUCUUUUUUAACAAUGUUAUUGUUAUUUUCACUAAAAAUCCUAAAUUAUAAAUGGAUAUUUUUAAAAGUUUAUAAUUUAAAAAAAAAAAUAAGGUAACGAUUUUUUUGAUCAAUUGUAUAUUAAAUAUGUUAUUAUGUUUUAUGUUAGGUGAAUGUUUAUUCCAGAGUUGAAAUUAAGCAAUUUUACAUGUUAAAGCCUUUUCACACGGGGAAAUUCAUUUCACCCGAAACCACGUAGGCUUAGUACAAGUUUUUAAAUGUCGACAACGUUGAUAGAUUUCUGCUCUCGAGUAUUGGAUCACUGUAACGUUAAGUAAUAUGGACAUAAGCUGCCCUAUUUUUAGGCUCAAUUUCUCCAUGACAUUAAUUUGCUUAUCUCUAACUAAGGCUUAGGUUUACCCAUGGAACAUCAGGUUUGUGGACCAUGAGUUCCAUGAUAAAAGUUUGUACUUGGUGCCUAGGCCUACAGUAUCAAUUCAUCUACAAAACCUUUCUAAAAAUAUGUAGAUUAAUUACAUCAGUAAGAAAAUUGUCAAAAUUGAUUCUUUGGUUAUUGAGAAAUUACGAAUAGGUGAUUUUUUUAAAUUAAAUAGAAAAUCGCGAACAAACAUAUGCAUACCAACAUACUAUACAGGCCGAACACAAAACCUCCUCUUUUGAAGUUGAUUAACGAAAGGAAUGCGGUCCAUUUUACUCUGAAGUCUGACGUUGCUACGUUUCGAUACUCGAAAUCUAUCAACGUUGUCGAGAUGUUAAAAACUGUACUAAAGGUACUGUUUUUAUUGUAAGUAGCACACGUUCAUAGCAACGUGGGCUCGCGUGAAAAUGCCGCCAUGUGUAAAAGGCACUUAAAUGUCUAUAUUUCAUUAAAAUUAAUUAAGAAAAGUUAACGAAAAUUGCUUAGUUUCAUCUCUUACUCUGCCAUGGCGUCAUUCUGAUAUUAGUUUAGCAUAGAAUGGCAAUACUAAAGCUUUUAUUAUUGUUUUAAGAUGCCAGCAUUGUUAUUUAGUGAUGCCAGGUUAGGAAUAUCGUCAUCGGAUAUUUUUUGUGUAUCCUUUCGAAUUUCUUUAAACAAAAACCAAAAACAUGCCGUUGUCGAUGAUUCACCCGCAUUUGUCACGUAUUUAUUCUGACAGUUAAACCUGGCAACACUAAUGAGAAUACAGAUUAAAAAAGCUAUAUUUUAACUCUAACACUCAGCUAUGUGUAAAUAUUAAGGAAUAUUAUAAACACUUGUGUAGAUGUAGUAGCUUUUAAUUUAAAUGAAAAGAUAAAAAAUAUGCUUUUUUUUAAUUAUUAUUAUUGUAAUUAUUUAACGCGGGAAAUAUACAAAAGAAAACUAGAUGUUAAUAAUACAAAAUAGAAAAAAAAAUCCAUUGAAUUUUGUAAUAUGGAGGAAUAUGUUUAUAAUCCAUAAAAAUUCGUGGACAUAAAGGCCCUUUCACACGCGCGCGGUCAUGGCACGGUACCUGCCGUACCGUGUAAAGUAGUAAGUAAUGUAUGAGCUGACGACAGCUUCCACAAGGCACGGCGACCGUACCACGACCGUGUAUCGUCCUCAUCCACCACAAUCACGGUUUCGACUCGUUCACAUGAACACCAACGCAACACGGCUUGAGCGCAAGGAAUACAGUGGCCGGCAAACAUCUUGGGUACUGACGCGAUUGGCUGGCGAGUGGCGCGUGCACGCGAUUGGCUGAUCAGUCGGCGCUGGUGCACGCCAUUGGUUGAUACGUGGACUUUUGCUUCCCGGAUUUGCCAACUUUCAACUACACCUCUUUAGGCCCACGUUGUUUGCCGGGCACUAUACCAUUAGAACGAUAUUAUAAAUAGGUAAAGUUUGUAGGUUUGUUUGUAGCGAGUAAUCUCUGGGACUACUGAACCGAUAUUGAAAAUUCUUUCACUAGUAG